AUGUCGGACAAGCUGCUGACCUACCACCUGAACAAGGUGACGCGGAAGGAGGACCUGUACGAGGCGCUUGAGGAGAUAGACAGGCUGUAUGCGUCGGCUGGGCACCGUUUCAACCAGAUUCACCGCUGCACGACGAUCCGCGGGUGGUGUGUGCUGCUGUGCAAGGGCGGCGGGCGCCUGUCGCGCUCGUGGUGGGACCGGGGCCUGAGGGCGGUGGCGGAGCUCACGCACACGGUCGUGGAGCGCCACACCAACCCGCUCGGCGACGGCGACAAGCUCCUCAUGCCGCAGGGCAUCACAAACAUCGUGUGGGGCGCCGGGCGCCUCUACGAGACCGCCGCGAUGCGGGCGGACGCCGAGGAGCUCCUGCGCCCCGACGGGCACCUCGGGCACGCCGUCAAGGGCAUCGAGCAGAUGCUCGACCUCCUCGUGGAGAUGCACGACACGCGGAGCGGACAGGUGAUCCCGCAGGCGUGGGCGAACGCGGUGUGGGGCAUGGCCAAGCUCGGCAUCGCGCGUCGGAGGGAGCGGGGCGUGGCCGAGGCGACCAUGCAGGCCGUGAUCACCGACGUUUCGCAGUUCAUGCCGCAGGGGCUGUCCAACAUUGUGUGGGCGCUGGGGACGAUGGGGCUGACCGUGAAGGACCCGAUGGUGCAGCAGACGCUCGACGCGAUCUGCAGCGAGAAGGGCCUGCCGGAGGUGCUCAAGUCGACCUCGCAGGGCCUGAGCAACACCCUGUGGGGGAUGGCGACGUGCGGGUACCGCAUCGACUCGGAGGUGCUGGCGCGGAUGAUGGCGCGGGCGACGUCGGAGGACCACCUCAACACGCACACGGCGCACGGCGUCUCGAACGUCCUGUGGUCGGUUGCGACCUUUUUCACAAUCGACCCCGACACGUACAUUCCCCACAAGGAGGUGGACGCGCUGCUCGGGCUCGUCGUCAAGGACCGCAUCCGGCGCAAGAUCACCACGCAGGGCGUGAGCAACUGCCUCUGGGCCUGCGCGACCAUCGCGUUCGCGCCGAGCGACCGAGUGAUGGAGGUGUUUGUGCAGGACAUGUGCGACAGGCUCGAGCAGUACCGGGCGCAGGGCAUCUCGAAUUCGCUCUGGGCGCUCGCGAAACUGCGGUACCUCCCGCCGGAGGACCUCCUGGUGCGGCACGCGCAGAUUGCGGACGAGCUGCUGCCAGUGUCCAACUGGCAGACGCUGAGCAACACGAUGUACACCUGGGGCUCUCUCGGGCACCGGCCGCCGAAGGAGGUGUUCGAGAAGGGGGCGUGGGAGGUGGUCCGCAGGUUCCGCACGGGGGAUACGCAGCGGCGCGAGGUGAGGGACGACCGCGACGACGUGAUGAUGCCGCAGCACCUGCUCAACGUGAUGUGGGCGGCGGCGGUGCUCGACUUCCGCAACGCCGAGUGGUGGCAGGAGGUGACCGGGCACGUCAACGACUGCCACAAGAACAGCCAGGGCAUCUUCGCAGAGACGCUCGGGUCCCUCGCCAUGGUCUACGCGGUGAACCCGAUCGUCCGCGCGACGGUCUCGGACGACCUCCGCGACACAAUGUUCAACUACUGGAAUGGCUACAUGCGCGUGGAGGCGAGCCGCACGCGGUUCGAGUCGGUCGAGACGGCGGAGGCCGCGCUGCAGUCGUACGAGGACGCGAUGGCCAGCGGGGACGAGUUCCCGGACCAGCGCGCCAGCGUCGGGAACGUGACGAUCAGCGCCAUGCAAGUCGCGGUGCACUACCACGUGCUCAAGGUGCUGCGCGCCCUGGGCGUUGCGGAGGACGUCAGCUGCGUCGUCGAGCUGCUCGAGACGGAGUCGGGCCUCCCCGUGCGCUCGAUCGACAUCGCGGUGAUGGGGCGCGCGGGCACGGCGCUCGAGGGCCUGCGGCUGGCGAUCGAGCCGGACGGGCACCUGCACUUCAUGCGCAACGACGUCAAGCGGCUCAUGGGCGGGACGAUCCUGCGGGACCGCGACCUGACUCAGCGCGGCUGGACAGUCAUAUCGAUCCCGUACAUGGUCAACGGAAAGCGCUGGUACAGCAUGAACGCGACGGAGAAGCGCGCGAUCGUGCACGGGCCGAUCGCGACGGCGCUGGGCCGCUUCCUGAAGACGCGCCCGCUCGCCGCCACCGGGGACGGCGUCGUGCCCGCGCAUGGCGGUGCCGCGAAGCUCGGACCGGCGGCGCAGGCGGCUGCGAAGGCCGCGGCGGCCCGCGGGCAGCGGGCGCAGCAGGCUGGAGCGAUGCCGUCGUCGGAGAAGCGGCGGGCUGCGACGCGGCGCGCGCCGCUCAAGCGGCGGCCGAGCAACGCGUCGCCCGCGUCGCAGGCGGGGGCGGAGGGGGAGGCGGAGGCGCCAGGUGCAAAGAGGGCGAGCGGGGCCGCGGGAGCGCGGGCGGCGGAGCGAUCGCGGCCGCCGUGGGCCGAGGGCCGCCCUUGA